GGUGCUGCUGCAUAAUAAGUUGUUGUCACGUUUUGUUAAACAUCUAUUGAUUAAUUCCAUGAGAGCCAUGAUCCCAACACAUCAAAGCCUCAUCAUUUCAUCUUUCUUGGUGAUUCUGUCACUCCAUAGUUUGUUUGAAUCUUGUGAUGCCAUAUGCACCUUCGUCGUGCGGCAUCAUUCCCAACAUCAGGUUUCCUUUCCGCCUCAAGGGCGACCCCAAGACGUGCGGUGAUCGAAGAUUUGAAUUAUCAUGUGAAAAUAAUGUGACCUCCAUCUCCCUUAAUUCUCACAAAUACUCUGUCAAAGCAAUCAACUACACUGGCUACUAUGACAACUCCAUCAUGAGGCUGGUUGAUGCUUCCAUAAACAAAGACGACAUCUGCUCAUUCCCCGCCUUUUCUACAUAUGCCUAUACUCGUCCUUCUAACCUGUUACCGAUUAAUUCUUUGCCUAUUAACUUUAUAAGCUGUCCAAAUCCCUUGAGCAACUCUUCCCUUUAUACUGAUAUCACUACUCAGUGUACCUCUAAUUCAUCCCUACACAGAUAUGCUUAUGUCAAGGUCGGCCAGAUGAAGGUCUCAGAGUUGCCACACACCUGUGGAGUAGACCUCAUAGUGAUGACAUCCUGGUAUAAUUUUAAGGGUUUGGACAACGUUUCGCUUUCAGAAAUUCAUGAGUCCCUCUUGUAUGGAUUUGAACUCGCCAUCUGCCCUUGGUGUGGAACAUCCAAAGUCUCCUUAUUAAUUCAGUGGUUUCUCCCAAUUCUUGUGGUCUUUCUAGCAUGUAUGUUGUGUGUAGCAAUAAUCAUCCCUGUAUUCACCAUAUGUGGAUUCGCCACUGUAUCGCUACUCGUACUUUAUAUUCUAUUGCUAUUGAGAUAUAUGUUAUACACCGGGCACGAGCAUACAAGUAACCCGUUGUUCAAUGGAUCAACAUUCCGUAGAAUAUAUGGAUUCGCAUUCCAUCUACUCGGUGUGCUUGCAGUUAGAGUCCCAUAUGUCGUGCCAUCGAACCCGCUGCUGGCUCAAGUAGCAGUUGCCAUCGACUUGGUCGUCUUGCUAUCAAGGGGUAUCAUUUUCCCUUUCAUGUUGUGGCUUUUGAUAUACAAAUUCCGAAGGUCUUUCUCCGACUAUAACAUUAUAGAAUCCUUCCUCCAAAGUGAUAACAAACUCUCACAAAUCAGAUAUUCAUAUUUAGACAUAAAGAGAAUGACAAGAGGUUUUCAAGAAAAAUUAGGUGAAGGAGGCUAUGGUUGUGUUUACAAGGGAAAGCUUCGAAGUGGGCAUCAUGUAGCAGUCAAAAUGCUGGUGCAAUCAGGAGGGAAUGGUCUAGACUUUAUAAAUGAAAUAACAACAAUUGGAAGGGUACGUCAUGCCAAUGUGGUGCAACUAGUUGGAUAUUGUGCACAAGGCUCCAAGCGUGCUCUCAUCUUUGAUUUCAUGCUCAAUGGUUCUCUUGAGAAGUACCUCUUCAACAGAAAAAGAAUGAAUUACUUAAAUUGGAAAACAAAGUUUGAUAUUGCCAUUGGAAUAGCUCAAGGAAUUGAAUAUUUGCAUCGAGGGUGUGACAUCCAAAUUCUUCAUUUUGACAUCAAGCCUCACAACAUACUCCUCGACCAUAACUUCAUCCCCAAAGUAUCUGAUUUCGGGCUAGCCAAGUUAUGCUCCGGAGAGAAGGAGGUAAUUACGUUAACGGCCAUUAGAGGAACCAUAGGGUAUGUUGCUCCAGAACUCAUCAUCAAUAGAGGUAUAGGCAGAAUCUCUUCCAAGGUGGAUGUCUAUAGUUUCGGGAUGUUGUUGAUGGAAAUGUUGGGCUUAAACAGAGUGUUGAGGGAAAACAAAGAUGAUUCUACAAAGUAUUUCCCAUAUUGGAUAUAUGACCACAUUAAGCAAGGCAGGGAGAUUGAAAUUGAAAAGGUGGAGGAAAACAAUAGUAAUGAUGAGGAUGAUGAUGUUCGGAAGAUGACAAUAGUUGCAUUAUGGUGCAUACAAAUGAAUCCAAAUGAUCGUCCAUCAAUGAAUCAAGUGUUGCAAAUGUUAGAAGGUGAUGUGGAGCGCCUGCAGAUUCCAGAGGUUCCAUCAUCGCAAUCAACACAAAUUGCUGGAAAUGAGGAAGGGAGUUGGCUUACAGAUGCAACUGAUUCUGUACACAUGCUCCAUCAUAACAAUGUUAGCACCUUAGAGAUUACUAUUGCAUGAACCUCUUCUUUCCAGUCCCCCUUCCUACAUCCAUCUCUUCUUCUACAUGUAUCUGUACUCUACUCAUCCUUAGUAGUGAUAUGUAAUCAUAAAUCAUUUGCUUCUAA